CAAACCCUACGUGUUGUAUUUCGACCUGCUCCAGUGCGUCACCUCCCUCAACAUCCUGGCAGCCGCGAUGAACGGGCUGCAGUGUCCGACCACGCAGGUCUGUGUCGCUUCCUGCCCCGACGCCUUCUGGGUGGUGCCGCCCGCGGGAUACCUGCCUGGGGCGAAGCCGGCGGCCGUGCUGAACCAGAGCUGGUGUGACCCCAGCCUCAACCUGUCCGAUACCAGCCUGACAGUGUCAGAGAUUCUGAACCGGGAGCUCUGCCCUCGAUACACCAUCGCAUCUGCGCCAACCUUCAAUCGCUGCUUCCCCGAUUUCAACACGAGCGGCCUGAGCAGCUUCGCCCUGCCGGGCCGGACGCCCAACGAGACCAAGGAGCUGCUCUCGUCCGGAGCCCAGCCGAUCGUGGAGUCUCUGAACGCCAAGGACAUCGGGAUGAAAAUCUUUGAGGAUUUUGCCAGCAGCUGGUACUGGAUCCUCAUCGGGCUGCUGAUCGCCAUGGUGCUGAGCCUCCUGUUCCUGCUGCUGCUGCGGCUGGUGGCCGGGGUGCUGGUCUGGGUGCUGAUCCUCGGGGUGCUGGCCGUCACCGCCUACGGGAUCUACCACUGCUGGCGGGAGUACAGCACCUUGCGCACGGCCGGCGCCACCAUCAGCAACGUCGGCUUCACCACCAACCUCAGCGUCUACUCCAACGUGCAGGAGACGUGGCUGGCGGCCCUGAUAAUCCUGGCCGUGGUGGAAGGCGUCCUCCUCCUCCUCCUCAUCUUCCUCCGCAAGCGCAUCCUCGUCGCCAUUGCGCUCAUCCAGGAGUCCAGCCGAGCCAUCGGCUACAUGAUGUCCACCCUGUUCUACCCCCUGAUCACGUUCCUCCUGCUGCUCAUCUGUGUGGCCUACUGGGCCAUGACGGCUCUCUAUCUGGCCACGUCCGGGACUCCCUUGUAUCGUGUCACCAGCGGCAACUCCAGCGACCCCAGGUGCUCCGGCAUCUCGGGCAACGAGACCUGCAACCCCAUGACGUUCAACGCCUCCCGCUACCAGCCCUGCCCGGCCGCCGGCUGCACCUUCUACAAGUACAACGACGAGGGGCUCUACCAGCGCAACCUCUUCAACCUGCAGCUCUACAACGUGCUGGGGCUGCUCUGGGCGGCCAACUUCGCGCUGGCGCUGGGGCAGUGCGUGCUGGCCGGCGCCUUCGCCUCCUACUACUGGGCGCGGGACAAGCCCCGGGACAUCCCGGCCUGCGCCGUGGGGAGCAGCUUCCUGCGCACGCUGCGGUACCACACGGGGUCGCUGGCUUUCGGAGCCCUGAUCCUCACCAUCGUCCAGCUGAUCCGCAUCGUCCUGGAAUACCUGGACCACAAACUCAAAGGAGCGCAGAACCCCUUCACCCGCUGCCUGCUUUGCUGCCUCAAAUGCUGCUUCUGGUGCCUGGAGAAAUUCAUCAAAUUCCUCAACAGGAACGCCUACAUCAUGAUUGCGAUCUACGGGAAGAAUUUCUGCACCUCCGCCAAGAAUGCCUUCAAACUGCUCAUGCGCAACAUCGUUAGGGUGGUGGUACUGGACAAGGUGACGGACCUGCUGCUGCUCUUUGGGAAGCUGCUGGUGGUGGGGGGCGUCGGGGUCCUGGGGUUCUUCUUCUUCUCGGGCCAGAUCCCGAUCUCCGACUCCCGGUUCCGCUCGCCCUCCCUCAACUACUACUGGCUGCCUAUCCUGACGGUGGUGGUGGGCGCCUACCUGAUCGCCCAGGGCUUCUUCAGCGUCUACAGCAUGUGUGUGGACACGCUCUUCCUCUGCUUCUUGGAGGACCUGGAGCGCAACGACGGCUCGGUGGAGAAGCCGUACUACAUGUCGUCCUCCCUCAUGAAGAUCCUCAACAAGAAGAACAAGAAGGCGGAGACGAAAUAGCCCCCCCAAAUGUGGGGUGCUGCCCCUCCCCCAUCACUCCAUUUCCUGUCGGGGGUCCCCCAUUCGUCCCCCUGCCCGGUGGCCAUCUUGCAUUGCAGGUCCCUUCCCCUCGAUGGCGUCACGUCCUGUGGGCCAUAUCAUAGCGUAGGCCUGCUCCCCUCCCCCACCAUUGCCACCUCCCGCUCGAUGGCAUCACUUCCUGUGGGCCAUACUGUAGCAUAGGCCUGCUCCCCUCCCACCAUUGCCAACCUCCCGCUCGAUGGCAUCACUUCCUGUGGGCCAUAUCGUAGCGUAGGCCUGCUCCCCUCCCCCACCAUUGCCAACCUUCCCCUCGAUGGCAUCACUUCCUGUCGGCCAUAUUGUAGCGUAGGCCUGCUCCCCUCCCCCACCAUUGCCAACCUUCCCCUCGAUGGCGUCACGUCCUGUGGGCCAUAUUGUAGCGUAGGCCUGCUCCCCUCCCCCACCAGUGCCAACCUUCCCCUCGAUGGCAUCACUUCCUGUGGGCCAUAUCAUAGCGUAGGCCUGCUCCCCUCCCCCACCAUUGCCAACCUCCCGCUCGAUGGCGUCACUUCCUGUCUUCCAUAUUGUAGCGUAGGCCUGCUCCCUUCCCACCAUUGCCAACCUCCCGCUCGAUGGCGUCACUUCCUGUGGGCCAUAUCGUAGCGUAGGCCUGCUCCCUUCCCACCAUUGCCAACCUCCCGCUCGAUGGCGUCACUUCCUGUCGGCCAUAUUGUAGCGUAGGCCUGCUCCCCUCCCACCAUUGCCACCUCCCGCUCGAUGGCGUCACUUCCUGUGGGCCAUAUCGUAGCCUGGGCCUGCUACUUAAGUGACUGCAGCCGAGCUCCGUCACAUUAGCUCCACUUCCUGUCGGCCAUUUAACUGGGGGGGCCUGGGCCGUAGUCCCGGCCGCCGCCUCUCCGGCCUGGUUCCUCCAUGUCAUGUGCCAUCCGCCCCAUUUUACUUGUCCCAGGCCCACUUCCUGUCUCAGCCCGGGUCACAUCCUGUCCGCCCGCAGCCUGCCCUUUAUCCUGCCAAUGGCCACUGUGCUUUCAAUCCCAGGCCCACUUCCUGUCUGUAAGUGUGUCACUUCCUGUCCAUGGCCAAUCCAGGCCAUGCCACAUGCUUUAGGAAUUACCAUAAUCAAGAGCCAUCUCCCCUAUAUACCAACCCCCCGUCCCCCCCAGUGGCUUAGCCACGGAAAUGCUGCAGCUAGAGCCUCUCAGGGCGUCUCUCCGCAGAGACCAAGGGCAUUAUGUAGGAAGAAGAGAUUUUAUUAAAGAUGAUUUAUUGAUUAA